AUGUCAUCUAGAUCUAAGAAUACAUCACUUAAUGCUAAAUAUCUUGAAUAUCUUGCUAAAUAUCCAUUAUUAACAAAAUCAAUUACUGCAGGUGUUCUUGCUAUAUUAAAUGAAACAAUUGCAACAACAAUUUCAAAAGAUUUUAAAGUAUCUAAAAUAUUGAAUCAAAAAAUUAAACAUCCAUUUUCAUUAAAAAUUCCAUUAUUAGCUUUAUUUGCAUUUAGUGUUAAUACACCAAUUUCUCAUUAUGGGUUUAUUUUAUUAAAUAAAUUAUUUAAAAAUCCUUUAUCAAAACGUGAUAAAAUUUUACAAAUUUUAACAAUGUUAAUAACUAUUGUUCCAUUUCAAAGUUCAUUAAUUGUGGCAUUUAUUUCAAUUAUUAAUAUGAAACCUUCAAUUCAAUCAUUAACAAUUGAUGAAUUUAAAAGAUGUAUUAAACAAGUUAAAUUAUCAAUGCAAAAUUCAUUAUUUAAUGUCUUGAAAUCUUCAUGGAUUACAACUCCUAUUGUUUUAACAAUUUCACAAAAUUAUUUACAUCCAAAUUUAUGGACUUUGUUUUCAAAUUUAGUAUUUUUCUUCUUGGGAACUGGACAAAAUACAUUUUUAAAAAUUCAAGCUAAAAAGGCAAGAGAAUAUAAUGCUAAAAGAGAAGAAAUUGAAAAAGAAGUUAAAAAAGAAGUUGAAAAGAAAGAUGAAAAGAACGAUGAACUGAGAAAAGAUGAAGAUCAAUUAAAACAAGAUGAAAAUGGAAGAUUAGAUACUGAAGUUGCAGAUGCUUUAGAAGAUUUAAAAACUGAAAAAGAAUAG